GUGAAGUAAAGACCGAGGUCCUGGCUGGGGGAAGAAACAAGUUUGCGGGAGGGGGUGACUGACACCAAGUUUGUAACUUCAGGAAAAAAGGAGUUUCAAGUUUCUUGAAAGUUGCUGACUGAAGUUAAAGUCCGGUGAAGGUGAAAGAUGGUGGACCGCUUGGCUAACAGCGAGGCCAACUCCAAGCGCAUCGGGGUGGUGGAGGGCUGCUUCGGCACGGCGGGCCAGCCCCUGGCCAUCCCCGGCCGCGUCCUCAUCGGCGAGGGCGUCCUGACCAAGCUCUGCCGCAAGAAGCCCAAGGCCCGCCAGUUCUUCCUGUUCAACGACAUCCUGGUCUACGGCAACAUCGUCAUCCAGAAGAAGAAGUACAACAAGCAGCACAUCAUCCCGCUGGAGAGCGUCACCAUCGACACGGUGGAGGACGAGGGCGAGCUUCGCAACGGCUGGCUCAUCAAGACGCCCACCAAGUCCUUCGCCGUCUACGCUGCCACCGCCACCGAGAAGUCCGAAUGGAUGAACCACAUCAACAAGUGCGUGGCCGACCUGCUGGAGAAGAGCGGCAAGUCGCCCAGCAGCGAGCAUGCGGCCGUCUGGGUGCCCGACUCGGAGGCCACCGUCUGCAUGCGCUGCCAGAAGAUCAAGUUCACGCCCGUCAGCCGCCGGCACCACUGCCGCAAGUGCGGCUUCGUGGUGUGCGGGCCCUGCUCGGAGAAGAAGUUCCUGCUGCCCAGCCAGUCGUCCAAACCGGUGCGCGUGUGCGAGUUCUGCUACGACCAGCUGUCCGCUGGCCAGACGGGCGGGGGCUUCUCGGCCCACUUGGACACAUUCGGCCGCUCCCCCUCCAAGUUCCCCGGCAACAACGUCUCGGACGACGACGACGACGACGACAGCAGUGACUGACUCUGCUCUCCCUCCCCUCCCCCCCGUAGGAAUAUUAUCGUAGGAAUGUUUUUGUUUUGAUUGGUUUUUUUUUCCGGCAGGGCUUGAAAUUUGCGACGGGUCGACAGCGGAUUGUACCUCCCGCGAUGAGAAGUUUCGGAACGACGAUGUUCCCGUUUCGAGAAACCUGUCCUUUGAAUAAUGUUUCAAAUCUUGAACGUGUGGAGUUCAUGCUGAACCUCUGAGAGUUAUGAAUUACAAUAUGCCCAGGUAAUGACUCUACUGACAAGACCGCCCCUCACUCUGUCGGUCCGUGUGCGUCCCAGCUUCCCUGGGCGUGGCCCCACAGCCUCACUACAGCAGCAUACGGCCCAAAUGAACCAUGCUGCCCCUCCGCUAAUCUCAGGCUCUAACCAGAGCUGCUUUUAUAGUGGGAUUUUUUACUCGUCUGUUUAUGAAAUCUAUUCUCUUAUUUUCCUAGCCAUAUAUUUUUCUACCAACAGACCUUAAAGUAAAGCAUGUGCCUGCCGUGGUGCUGGUAGUUCUGCAGGGAUAUGAUUACUGGCAUCGUUUUUGCAGAUGGAAUAUUUUUAAUUCUACUGUAAAGCUUUCAGGUGAACUUCCAGUGCGUUUUGUCUAAAUCUCUAUCCGCUUCAUGUCCAAUCCCUUACGUGUAUUUGUUGAAAUUUAAAUACUUCUUCAUGCGAGAUGGAUUCCCUCAAAGACCAAUCAAGUCAAAUUCAAUGUAUAUGCAAAAAGUGGCUGGUGAAAUAAGUUGUCCUAAGAUGUGUGACGCUGCAGUGAUGGGCUGUCUCUUCCUGAUUAUUGCUCAUGACAAAUCAAAUAGAGGCUUGCAUGGUGAGGUUGUGGAGGUUUAUGUAAUGUAGAAUGCAGUCCAUAUAUUUCCUAAAAAAGAAAGGCCUUAAAUCCCACGCAGUGCCUUAGGAUAGAGAGCCUAUAGCCCAUCUUAGAAGUGCUGUACUAUGUAGGUUGUGUGUAGGAUGUCAGGGAAGUAAACACUGUUUUACUUUCUAAAACACACAACACACAACACGAAUCACGUGGACCACAUUGCGACUGGAAUUGUCCUGUUCCGUACAAUCUGUAGGUUGCUCAAUAUGUGUACUCUGCAUGUGAGCUUCAAACAUCUCCGAUUGACCAAUUUAUCAAAGGUGUGCAAACAUUAGGACAUGUUAUGAAACGCGCUGUUGGAAAGCUUUAUUUUUUUACGAAGGACAUUUUGAUCCAUAUAAUUUUAGAUUUGAUAAAAUGAACAUAACAUGGAAUAUAUGGAAUAACACUUAAAGUGCUCAAAAAUAACAAUUCUAGUGAAGUCUUGUACCAUGCUCAGGCCAUUCACACCUCUCUGUGAUUGUGUGCAAUUGCUUCUCCCAGUAAGAAAUCAGAGCCGUAUUUUUACUGUUGUGCUACUAGCGACCCUUGAGUUGGUUAAUCGUGUCUUGUGGUCUAUGGAGGUUCAGAUGGUUCCAGUAGCUGGAAUGGAAAAUCGGCAUUACAAUAGCGGUCAUAAAUGAUAUUGCUAACUACUCAGUUUUUCUUAAUGUGUGACUCGGGGUUGCAGCUCUGGUAAAAGGACAUAAACAUUGGCUUGUUAUCUGCCAGCUUUUUACAGACUCUGAUUUCGACUCGACUUCAGUCAUUAGAAGUGACAGGAGGUGGCAUUUGAUGAAACUUGGGUGAAAGUGCAGCCAGUCAGAAAAUCUUACAAUGGUGAGGGUCCCAUAUUUAAUUUUUUUUACAAUACAGUAGUUUUUACAACAGUUGGUGAGCUAUGGUGAACUCACCAAAUUGAGUUUGUGACUAAGUAUAAUGCUUGCAUUUUCUUGUAAGCAAAUAUAGUUAUUUUUAAUACAGGCUCAAGUGUCACCGUCUUGUUACUACAGUGACCUAAUAUGUCAUACAACAACCAAACAUUCUUAUUGCAAUAAAUAAUUUGCCUAUAUCGCUGAUAAAGAGCAGACAUUAACACUCUUCUGAUAAAGUGAAACUGCUCUGCAUUUCUGAGGAAUAAUUGUCCUGUUGUCAUUUUUGCUUUGUCUUUACUAACUGUGGACCAUUGUGAACUACAUUGUGUUUUUGUAUGGAGGUGGUGUGCGAUGAAUGCAAUAGGCGCAUAAUGGAAGUUAACUCUAAUUUGAGGUAAUAUUCCUGUCUUGCAACAGGAAGUGAGUCCUGUGUAUGAAAAAGGGAAGCGUUACUGCCCUCCCACCCCAGCCCAUCACCACCACAUUUGAAUCUCUUUAUAUUCACUAACACUUUCAGGUUUGGUGCUGAGUGAAGCUGGCUUGAAGUGAACUUCUCGGUCUCCCUGUCUAGUCUUCUUGAGCCUGACCUCUAUGCUGAAAUGUCAGUAGCAUUGUUUCCGUGGCAAACCAGAAUGUGUUUGUUUAGAAAAAUCCAGUGUCAGACUCAGGCAUAUGCAACUGUUUAGCUUGACCGUAAAAAAUAGCCCAUAAGCACAAAUCCAUGUGGAAAUGUGAUCUUUUUCUUUUCUUUCUUGUGUGUUUACUGAAGUGAGAACAACUGACAUUUGAAAACAAUGAAAGUAUUUUUGUGGUUCAGAUUUCAAAAGCAAUUGCAUUUGAUUUGAACUACAAUGUAACAUUUGCAAGAUUAUUGUGUAUAUGGGCCAUGUCUAUGCACUAAUCAUUGAGACCUGUUGAGAAAGGGUUUCUGAAAUGGCAGAAUUUUCUAUUAUUAUUUUUCUGUAUAAGUCUGGAUAAAUUUACAGUUGGGAUAAUUGUUGUCCAUGCUGGAAGGCCCUAAAUGUGGGUAUUUUGGCAAUUAACAAAUUUAUGUAUGAAUUAGUGCCCUUCGACUUAACUAUAAUGAAUCAAAUUUUAUGUCUUCAUUUUGCAGUUUAUCUUGGCAAUAAACAGGAGGAUUCAUUGGCAUAUAAGCAGUGCUCUGAGAAGUAUUUGCCCCCUUCCUGAUUUCCCUCUAUUAUUGCAUGUUUGUCACACUAAAUGGUUUCAGAUCUUUAGACGAAGGGAUCCUGAGUAAACACAAACACAUUUUUGAAAUUACCAUUAAAAUUAUUGAAUGAUAAAGUAAUUGCACCCUUAAUCGUAAUAACUGGAUGCACCACCUUUAAGCAAUAACUGCAAUCAGAACACUUCAUAUAAUUUCGUAUUCUGUUAUUGUGGUUAAAGGUGGUACGGCCAGUUAAGUUUAAGGGGGAAAUUGCUUAUUCACAGUGAUUUCAAAGUGUUUUAACUUUAAAAAAAAUGAACUACAUAGUCAUUGCAAAAUGUUGUUUUGUAUUUACUCAGGUUCCCUUUGCCUCAUAUUAAGUUUUGUCUAAAUAUCUGAAACCAUUCAGUGUGACAGAUGUGCAAUUAUUGAGUAAAUCUGGAAGGGGGCAAAUAUUUUUCAGGGUGCCAUAUUUUCACUUCUGCUGGAAUUCAAUUUGUCCCUUAACUUCUAGUUUUCAAAAUUUUUCACCUCCCCUUUCUUUGUGUGUGGAAGAGGUUCUCUUUUAAUCUUGUAAAUUUUGUACAGUGGUUUUUUUUUUCUUUUUUUUUUUCUUGCUUGUACAGUGUUUGGUUUUUACAUGUGGUUGGUCUGGCGCUGUGCUGUGUCCUCAUAGCUACCCGGUCUAGUCCUCUUCUGGAUUUUAUUCCUCCCAAGCCUGCUAGGGGCAGAGUCAGAAGUGAGAGUGAUGGGAGUCAGCAACCCCCCUGAGAAGGACAGGAUGCCUACCUGCUCACCACAUGCAUUUGGACCAGGGGAUUCUCAGGACAAUCUGAGGUCUUAAUACAUCUUCAACUAAAUCUGAAAUUGCACAAUGCAAGGAAUGCCUGAGAGUAUAUAUACAAAAGAAAAUAAAAAACAUGGCCAAACUGUAUUUUAGGUUAAUUCUUUGUUUUCUCUAUUGUGAAUCCUUCAACUUGUGUAAUUUAUAAUUCCUACUUUGUUGUGGGUGGCGUUUUGUGUUCUUCUUCUUUUUCCCCCCUGAUUUCAUUAUUUUGUCUUUUUAAUUGUUGUUUAAAAAACACUUUGAAAGGGCUUAAACCUGAAUGUAACGCAACAUAUAAAUAUUAGUUACUAAUUUUCGCAGAAAAUAUAUAUUGAAAUGUUA